CACAAAGCUACUUCUGCAAGGCAAUUCUAAAGGCCACAUCUCUGGAAAUACAGGAAGUGCUGAGUCUCAGGAUCAAACAGCUGUUGAAUGACACAUACAAAGAGGGACCACUAUCCUUAUAUGUGAAACCUGAAGAUGUGGCUGUGAAAUCAAUAGCAUUGAUGGAUUGCCCAGAAAGCUUUUCACACACAAGGUACAAGGGGAAUUAUUCCUGGCCACUAACAAGUCCAGCCUCCGAAGUAGAUGUCAGCUGCAGGAAAAACCCUCUGCAAUCUGCUCAGAGGAGCUGUGCAAUUAGUAUUGAACUAGAGCAAGCUUUUUGGAAGAAACCAAACAUGACUAGAUGUAAACUACUGGAAAAACUUCCAAAUAAUAUUUUAGGCCUCCAGGAUAUCAAGAUAACAGAAGAGAAUGCACAAGAUGUUAUACAGCAUAUUUUAUACCUCUUGCCAGAUGCAACACUGCAUGUGGAAGAAUUAGAAAUCAUUGCAAGUAAAAUUUCUGAUAUUGUACAGCUUGCAGAUGUGAGCAUGACACUUGCAGAGACUGCAUUGUCUAUACUAGACUAUAUUUUGCUGCAAGAAAUAGAAGAUCAGAACAUUAGAAAAAUAACCAAUAGUAUCUUGCAGACAACCGAGGAGAUUGGCUACAAGGUGACUUACACAGACAGAAAUACAUCGGUCAUUACCUCUUCCUUGGCUCUGUUGGUGUUGCGUCCAGAUCCCAGCACAUUUGGAGGACUGGCCUUUGGCAUCACCUCCUACAACAGAGGUGUGGAUCUCCAGAUCAAUGUGCAAGAAAACCCUUUCAAAAAUGCCUUGGCCUCAGUGUUUUUGCCAAAAUCCCUGAAGAACUUCCUCGGGAUUGAGCACUGUGACCCAGACAAGCAUUCAAAGAUCCAGUUUAAGUUUUUUGGCACUACUUCACUUUUUGUGGAUGACAGUUUAACGAUGGAGAAGCUGAACACUUACGUUGUGAGUGCCAGUGUUGAAAAUGCAUCAAUUCAGAAUCUUAAUGAGCCCGUGACUGUCACUCUUCAGCACAUAGACCAGAACACGGGCAAUGCAGCAGUGCACUGUGUCUUCUGGGACUUUGGGAAGAACAAUGGACUGGGUGGUUGGAAUACAUCAGGGUGUGAAAUGGAAUAUACAGAUAUGAAUUACACAAUCUGUUUUUGUAACCAUCUUACCCAUUUUGGAGUUCUACUGGACUUGGCCCGGACAGAAAUAGAUGUCACACAUGAUCACAUAUUAACUGUGAUAAGCUACGUAGGAUGUGGUGCUUCUUCCCUUUUUUUGGGAAUAACGCUGGUGACAUAUCUAACCCUUGAGAAGCUGCGGAGAGACAACCCUUCAAAAAUCCUGCUCAACCUUUGUGCUGCACUGCUGAUGCUGAACAUGGUCUUCCUCACCAACUCCUGGCUGUCCUCAUUCAACCAGCCAGGCCUCUGCAUCACCAUGGCCGUGCUCCUUCACUAUUUCCUUCUUGCAGCUUUCACGUGGAUGUGCCUGGAGUCUGUUCACUUUUACUUGGCUCUUGUCAAAGUUUUCAAUGUUUAUGUCCCAAAGUACAUCCUAAAAUGCUGCAUUGCUGGCUGGGGUAAGCAAGCAGAUUUCUUCUCCACUUUUGGGCUUGUCACCUUCUCUAAGAUUGGGGCAUAUGUGCAAAAGUAAGUGAGGACACUGAGCUAGCAGAAAUGUGAUGCACACCCUGAGCUGUAAGGAUGGAUCUCUCCCCCUGGGCAGGUUCAGCUUAAAUUUCUUCUGCUCUGGGAAACAUUAGCAUAAAGUGCCUGUU